AUGGAGCUCUCCGGGGGAUUACCAAGUUCUAUUGGUAACCUUCGGAUGUUGUCUACGACAGAUUUUUUUAAUUACAGCUUCACUGGACCAAUCCCAAGUUCAUUGGCAAACCUUACUCAACUUGUUCUUUUGGAUUUGGCUAACUACAUGUUUACUGGUCCAAUUCCAUCAUUUUCGAAGAAUCUCUCCAUCAUAUACUUGGCCCAUAAUUCACUCAGUGGAACCAUUCCAUCAUCUCUUUUGAAUCUUCCAUCGUUGACAAAAAUUGAUCUUUCAUUUAACAAAUUUGAUGGUCAAGUUGAUGAAAUUUCUAAUGCUUCCUCCUCUCUACUAGAGUUCAUCAAUUUGGGAAGUAACCAUUUACAAGGGUCGGUUCCCAUGUCUUUCUUUGAACUCAAAAGGCUUACCGUCCUUGUACUCAAUUUCGACAACUUCAGUGGUUCAAUACAACUGGAAAAUUUUUAUAGGCUGCACAAUCUUUCUUUCAUUGACCUUUCAUACAACGGCUUGUCAAUCCAUACAAAUAGUGGCAGUGGUUCAAGCUUGUCUUCGAUCCCCCAGUUUGAAGGAUUAUAUUUGGCUUUUUGCAAGUUGGAAAGUUUUCCCGAUCUAAAGAACCAAUCGGUACUGGCCGAGUUGGACCUUUCUGACAACCAAAUUGAAGGGGAAAUACAAAAUUGGAUUUGGGAAGUUGGUAAUGGAAUGCUCUAUCACUUGAAUCUCUCUCACAAUCUCCUGUCGGGUUUUCAAGUACCCUACGUUGUUCAAGCUAUCCUUGGUGUCCUUGAACUACACUCUAACCAGUUCCAUGGGAAAAUCCCAAAACCAGGAAUAUUUGCUGAAUACAUGGACUUCUCAAGCAAUAGUUUCAGCUCUUUUAUCCCUCCUACUAUUGGUAAUUUCCUCACCAAUGCUUAUUUCUUCUCUCUUUCAAAUAAUAGCAUCAUUGGAAACAUUCCUCAAUCAACAUGCAAUACAAAAUACCUUCAAGUUCUAGAUUUAUCUAAUAAUGGUUUGAAUGGCACAAUACCAUCAUGUUUGAUCAAAAGGAGUACUAGUACUCUUGGAGUCCUGAUAUGCAAAAUAACAGCUUUAGUGGAAAAGUUCUGA